UUGUGGAUAAAGCAAAGAAAACACCCACUAAAUUACUAGAUUAUACCUUAAAAGUCAGUCAACUGCACUUCCAUGUUCCAAUCCAUGCUCUUCAUUCCAGUAGUCAUCUCUCAAUUAUUAACUCAGAGACCAGGACAUCCCACAUUUGCCCAAGGCCAAGCUUUCUUAUCUCAACUCUUCCUGAAUGGCUUUCUACAAUAUUGCCUCUUCCAUGAACUUAACAAUAUGGGCUACCAUCGUUUUCUUCUAUAUGUCUAGAUAUGCCUCCACAAGCCUUGCAGAGGAAACGUCUCAACCCUCAUCCCUACAGAUGGAAGCCAAGGCUCUACUAGAUAAUGAGUGGUGGAUAUCCUACACUAUUGAUUACUUGAUUUCAUGGAGCAAAGGUCUUGGCUUGAAACUUGCAGUGUGUAUAUUUGUAAUCCAAGCCCUGAUAUCUAAUAUUCCGCUGACCUGUAAAAUGGGUCAGUUUGCUCUUUACAAAUUUCUGCUUACAAUCUUCCUCCUCUUCUCAAUUUCCAAAUCACUGCCCACCGGGAAUGAACGUAGCACCUACAUCAUCCACAUGGACAAAUCAGCAAUGCCAGCUCCCUUCUUUACACACCAUGAUUGGUACACGUCAACUCUAUCAUCCCUGUCAUCACCAGAUGGCAUUUCCCCUGUCCAUCUCUACUCCUACAAGCAUGUGAUGGAUGGUUUCAGUGCUGUACUCUCACAAACCCACCUUAAUCAACUGGAAAAAUUACCUGGUCAUGUUUCCACCUUCCCAGAAUCAUAUGGCCAUCUCCAUACUACCCAUACUCCACAAUUUCUGGGCCUAAACGCAUACUCUGGAUUGUGGCCAGCAGGCAAGUUUGGCGAUGACAUUAUCAUUGGUGUUCUCGAUACUGGAAUUUGGCCAGAAAGCGAGAGCUUCAAUGAUAGAAACAUGCCUCCAGUGCCAGAGCGCUGGCGAGGCAUUUGUGAAACUGGAACAGAAUUUAACACUUCCCAUUGCAACAAAAAGCUGAUUGGAGCUCGCAAGUUUAGCCAAGGGAUGAAGCAGUACAGGCUGAAUAUAUCAAACACAAAUGACUAUGAUUCUCCAAGGGAUUUCAUGGGUCAUGGAACCCACACAUCAUCAACUGCAGCUGGGAGCCGAGUACAAAAUGCUAACUACUUUGGUUACGCUGCAGGCACAGCAACCGGAAUGGCACCAUCAGCCAGGUUAGCUAUGUACAAAGUGGUGUUCUAUGGCAAGGAUAUCCGUGUCAUUGAUGCUGCAGCAACUGAUGUACUUGCUGGAAUGGAUCAAGCAAUUGAAGACGGUGUUGAUAUCAUGUCAUUGUCCUUGGGAUUUAAAGAGACACCAUUCUUUAAGAAUCCAAUAGCCAUAGGAGCAUUUGCUGCCUUGAAGAAAGGGAUAUUUGUUACAUGUGCUGCAGGAAAUUCAGGCCCACAUGGAUACACCAUGUUCAAUGGAGCUCCUUGGCUCACAACAGUUGGUGCUGGAACUGUUGACCGUGAAUUGGGAGCCCAUGUUACACUUGGAGAUGGGGACAUUACUGUCACUGGAAUAUCUAUGUAUCCAGAGAAAUUGUUUAUCUCUAGAAUUCCUCUAUAUUUUGGACAUGGAAAUAGAAGAAAGGAACUCUGCAAUUGGAACUCUUUAGAUUCCAAAGAUGUUGCAGGCAAGUUUGUCUUCUGCGACUAUGAUAAUGAAUCAUCAGUGUUUCGAUCUGAAGACAUAUAUGGUAAAGAUAUUGCUGGAGCUAUCUUCAGUUCAGCCUAUGGGGAAUUCCAAGGACCUGCUGAAUUUUAUCUCCCAUUUGUGACAGUGAACACAAAAGAUGGAGAUUUAAUAAAGACUUACAUACUCAAUACAACAAACGCAACAGUUAGUGUUAGGUUUGGUAUAACCACACUAGGCACUAAGCCAGCUCCAAAAGUAGCAUAUUUUUCCUCGCGAGGACCUGAUGGGAGAUCCCCAUGGAUUCUGAAACCUGAUAUAUUAGCUCCUGGGCAUCUUAUUUUGGCAGCCUGGGUUCCUAACAGGGGCUUUGCACGGAUUCGUGACGAUGAUUAUUUGCUGACAGAUUAUGCUUUUGUCUCUGGCACAUCAAUGUCAUGCCCCCACACUGCUGGCGUAGCUGCACUGCUCAAAGCCACCCACCGUGACUGGAGCUCAGCUGCCAUCCGAUCAGCUAUGAUGACUACAGCAGAUGUUACAGACAAUGCAAAUGGUAGAAUCAUUGAUAUGACCACUGCUGUUGCUGGAACCCCUCUUGAUUUUGGAGCAGGGCACUUGAAUCCUAACAAGGCCAUGGACCCUGGACUAGUGUAUGAUAUUGAGGUUGAGGAUUACAUUAACUAUCUCUGUGCAUUGAACUACACGAGCAAGCAGAUCCAAAUCAUCACAGGAACAUCGAAUUUUAGUUGUGAAUAUGCUAGUUUGGAUCUUAAUUAUCCUUCUUUCAUUGUCAUCUUGAACAGGACUAAUACGACAACCUCUAAAUUCAGGAGGAUGUUGCUGAAUGUGGCAGACACAGCCUCCAUUUAUAACGCAGUGGUGGAAGCUCCCCCAGGCAUGAAAGUUGCUGUGCAACCAUCAACAGUCAACUUUCCGGGAAAAUAUAGCAAAGCAGAGUUUAACCUGACUGUGGAAAUCAACUUGGAAGUUGAUAGUGUUGCUCGACAAAGUGAUUAUUUUGGGAAUUAUGGGUUCUUGAGCUGGAACGAGGUUAACGGAACGCAUGUGAUUAGAAGCCCCAUUGUCUCUGCAAUUGCAUCAGCUAAAAACCCCUAAACACUCGAGUUGUCUUCUUGAAUGACUCAAGUUGCGAAUAUCUUAUCGUUUCAGUAUAGAUUGUAAUAAAAAUAGUCCAAAUAAAAUGGAACCAAGACAUUUGAUGAUUAA